AGUGCCCUUGUGAUCAACAACACAAGAAACUGGUUUCUAUGGAUACAGCCAAGCAGAAGCAUUUAACAGCUCUUGGUUCUAAAGAUCCCCGGGUGCAGGAGAGUCUGCCUGAGCACAGCAGUAACCUAAUAGACCCAUCUGAACAGCUCGGUCUGUCCACAGUUUAUGUAAAUGCGCUUGGAGUUCCCUUGUACCAUCAGCAGCCUCCAAUAUGCAGAAAGAUGCCAUCAGUACAGCUUUCGUUCCCUCACAUGGCCACUAGUGUAGGCCAGGGCAGUUUCCCUCCUCAGCUGCCAACCUUGGCAUUAAGUAUUGUCAACGGGCUGCCUGUUCUUCUCAAUCAGAAGCUGGUCAACAUGCCACCAGCAAGGGCCAAGAAUUCGGGAAAGCAUGUGUGUGUGCAUUGUGGCCGGGACUGCCUCAAACCUAGUGUACUAGAGAAACAUCUUAGAUGUCACACUGGAGAGAGACCAUACCCUUGUGCUACUUGUGGAAUUGCAUUUAAAACACAGAGCAAUCUCUACAAACAUAAGCGUACGCAAGCUCAUGCCCGUAUGUCCUGUGAUGCAAACUCUACUGGCUGCAGGGAAGAAUCUCUCAGGACAAGUGAAUCAACUUCAGAAAUCCAUUCUACUGAAGAAUUGAAUGUAAUGAUCUCUGGAAAGAAGGAAGUAGCCCCCCACAAAGCAGAAAUGGGUUUGACCAAAGAGCUGACUGAGAGGUGCAGAGAUAGGUUAAAUACAGGGAGGGCUCUUCGACAUGCUGCUUUAGUUGGACUUAUAUUGGCUCCUGGUACUGGAGAGGAGGAUGACCCAUCAUCUGAUCAUCAAAAAGGUGUCCUAACAAAUGAGGUUUCAGAUCUACAAUUUCCCACAAUAGGACCACCACCUGGAAAAGGAAGAAUGAACCAGCUAACACAUCUGCCAAGUCGACACACUCCACUUCAAAGGCAGGAAGCAACAUAUUUUUCCAAGCAGUGGAACAGCAGGUCCACAAGUGGGAAAUCCCUGAGCCAUGACAGCAUAGAUUCUGGGUAUCUCUCCCACUCUGAAAGUGGAGAACAACAGCCAUGGGUGUGCAGCCCAAACAGUAGUCUUCAGGAGCAGAGUGUAGAAUCCAUUACAGAUAUUUCUUUGGCAGAACAACCUGAAGGAGCAGCUUUUGCAGUAAUGAAAAGUUGUUCUGAGAAGGAGACUAGUGAGGCCAUGAAGACAGCAGCACCGUAUGAGAAAAAUCAGUUGGAAGCCCGUAUCUUAAAGCUGAUUUCUGAUAAUGAUGCACUGGUUGAGGACAAGUGCCUGGAAAAUGUACGUCCUAGAAAGACGCUGCUCUCCAAGCAAGGCAGUAUUGAUCUUCCCAUGCCUUACACCUACAAGGAUUCAUUCCACUUUGACAUGAAGGCCAGUAAAAAGACUUCAGUGAGAUGGAGCUACAGCCCUGGCAUGUCUAAGCUUGGAUUAUUCAACUCCAGUCAAAGCUCCACACCUCAGGAUCACUUCACUCUCACAAGAAGUAGCUCCUUGCCAUUUGUUGGGACCAAUUCAGAUUGGAAUCAGAUGCCUUCCGAUAGUUCAAAUUAUCAAGAUGGAGUUUUAAGGCGGAGGAUUAACUCGGGCCUGAGUCACACUGGUGGUGCUAUCAGACAGUCAGGAGAUCUGCAGUCCUCACACCCACGAUCUCUAGUGAGACAAGGUGCUGUAGAUUGCUGUCAGGCUGUUGAAAGCCUUCAUAAGUCAUUUGCUCCUGAAGAUGGCAGCCAAGGAAGUCUGGGUUCAGAUGGGCCUGAGCCAUGUGAUGUUUCCUGUGAAUCAAGCUGUGGGAAAUCUCGUCGAAAAAAAACACAAAAGUUUUCUUAUAAUAAGUGGUACAUGUAUGGGGAUGGAAUUUUCAGAAAGUUAUAUCAAACAAAGAAAGAAGACAAUCAUAAUGUUAAAGUGGCUGAUGGAGGUGACAAAAUCAUGAAAUGUUCAGGUAAAAGUUCCUUUGAUGCCACAGUCAGUAAAUCUUUUAUGCUACAUCGGCAUGAUAAGUUAGGGUCAACCAGUGAUAAGCCAGCUUCUGAAACACCUGGGCAUUUACUCAAUGGUCCAAGUCAAGUGGUCACCCUAUCACCACAAAUAAAUAGAUUAGAAUCAAAAAAUGUUUCAGUCAGUCAUAAUGUGACAGACUUUAAAGUGUCCUUCACCAGCCCAGCGAAAACAUUGGUUACUCACAAGGAAAUCAGGUCUCUGGAUCCAGCACUUGCUGCUAUGGGCCAAAAUUUUUCAAGCAGUCUAACCCAUAAAUGUCAUUCAAAUAAAUAUUUUCAGAAAUCUGAAGAAAACUGCCUUGAAAUUCCACAUAUCCAAGAUGAAGAACAGUGUAGCAGUUUCUUGUCUUCUGCCAUAACCAAUAUCAGACAUGCAUGGUCUUCAGAUACGUGUCUCCCUGAAGACUUGGCCCAGAACGACAAAGCUGCAUCUUUGAGCCACCUUCCCUCAGAAAGAAAGAAGCAGAAAACAGACUUUACAGGUGUCACCAGUUCUAAUUUAGCAGAAUGGGACAUCAGGGCUGACAGAAUACCUGAAGAGUCUGCUUGGGCACACUUAAAAGAAACUACAAUUACAUCAUCUUUAAAUACACAAAGUGAGGGAAGAACAGAGUUAACAACAAUUAAGGCAACAGUAGGUCAAUAUGCUGAGAACCCCACAAGAAGAAAUAGUCUCAGUCUGGGUGUCACAGAUCAAAGUGUCUUAAAGAAACCCCAAGAACCUAUGCUUCCAUAUGCAUCAGCUCAGGAAAUAUUGACUUCUUCAUGUCAUAAAGUCAAAUUUCAUAAUGAGACCAAGAUGAACUUCCUUCCAGUAUAUCAGCUAGAGCUUCCACCUAUUACUAAACAAGUAAGGAACUCAGAUAGCUUGUCAUCAGCAUUCCCAGAAGGCAUCUCUUCUUUGUAUUCCUCUGCUGCCUUGCUAUCAAAUCCAUCUGUGGUUUCUUCUGUACAAGAUGAACGCAGUGAAAACCAAGACUCGACCAAUGAUAUCAGCCUUUCUGAAAAGAUAGAAAGCCAGACUCAAGACAUUCCCUGUGUGCAGGAACUCCUUAGGCACAGUCAGGUGAUUCCUCAAUGUGAAACUACCCAGCCUGUCAAAACUAUAGAAGAGCAUUCCACUCCAAACACAUCUUUUGAAUCUUUCACAGAAGAUCUUUCUUCUGUAAGAAAUGACAUGAGCAAUAAAUGUCUACAGCCAAAUGAUCCUAUUCAGACUAUAUGCAAGUUGACCUUAAAGCAGAAAGAGAGCAGUGCAUGGGGUCAAAGCAAUUCAGCUGAACUCAUUUCUGUGCAGCAAUCUUGUAGUCAACACACAGCAUCUCAACAUCAGGGACUUCCAGCACAGAAGGGUGAUGAACAACACAUUUCAAUGUUUAACCCCAAUACCUGCUUGCCUGAGCAGUGGCACACACAGCCAUCAUCUUCAGCACCGGAAAAUAGUCAUGCUGGCCACAAACAAAAGACUUCUAUUUGUAACCAGACUGUCCCACUUUACACGGGCUAUACUGACUUUCACAUUUUCAGAGGAAGUAACCUUUUACAGCAAAACUGCAAACAAACAAGUCAGGCAAACUUGUGUAGAAAAAUGUCAGGCCAAAUGUCAUCUCUAAAGCUUUCGGCCAGAAGCCAACACACAUGUAUGGAGGAGGCUGACUCACAAAGCAGUCCAUCUGUCAAUAAAACAGCUCUUCAAGUUCAGAUGUUUACAUCUGCCACUGGUGUCUCUCAACAAACACUUAAGGAGUCAGAGAAAAUGUCUUGUCAAAAGCAGACCUCUUUAGGAAUGGAGUCACAAUCACCAUUACAUGAAUUUUCGGAGAAGUCACACAACCAUCUCCCAUCCCGGGGAGAAACAGAAAAAUGUUGUUACAGACAGCAGAGUCCGUAUAAGAUUCAGGGAUGUGCUGAUCCAAUGAAAUACAGUCUGACGAGGCAAACGUCUAAUAAGAAUUCAGAAGUUCCCUCAAACUUUUCAUUUGUCCACACUAAUUGCAAUGCUGGUGAAAGUAACUUGCCCAAAAAUAAACAAAUUUUAAUAUGUCCUAAUAAUACACAUCAGGUCCAAGAAUAUUCUCCACAUAAGGGUUGCAAACAAACCAUCUCAUGCCAAUCUUUACCGUCUUGUAUUUCAUCAUGCCCUUUUCUGCUUCAGAAGAUCAUAGAUGCCCCAAAUCAAUAUGCAGUCCCAAUUCCUGAAAUGUCAAGAAGUGGCCAAGAGAUUCUUUCAUCCAAAACAGGCCCAAGGGAACAGCUUUCUAUAGCACUGGGGACAAUUACAUCUCCAAUACCCAACAGGAGCAGACAUACAGAACAACAUUUUUCAUUCCAUGCAGCAUCAGGAUCAAUCCCCCAAAACACAUGUGAUCAUAUACAUGAGAAGGAUCCAGCAAAAUCUUACAUCUGCAAAGUAUUGUCAAGAACUACACAACAUUCCAAGGUUAGUCUGCAACAGAGUACCAUAAGUGCAAAUUCUGGAAAGCACCCACUGGCCACCAUAAACAGCUCAGCAUGCCUAAAAAAUGCAACUGAUAUUUCUGAUCAAAGCAAAAUCAGCUUGGAAGACUUGAACCAGCACUUCUCUGUUGUUCCUGGGUCUAUUUUAAUUCAGCCCAGGACUGAUUCAGAAAGAGGGCAACUCGGGCACAUUGAUCCUGUUUCCAGUUUCAGUGAAAUGCCUUCAGAAAACAACGUACUUGACUCAAAAGGUUGCCAGUGUCGCUUGACUCCAAGCAGUUCAGCUCUGCAGUUCGAGAAAAAUGAGUCCAAAAAAAGAAGUCAGGUGACCAUCCUAAAAGGUGACGCUAACCAACCUAAAUCUCCUAGUCAAGAAGAAAAUCAAGUGACCACAACUGAACCCUUCUCCUCUGGAAGUUCUUUGAUGAAAACUGAGAUGCCCAAAGAACAACAUAAAGAAUGCCAGCCUUUUAUUUAUUCUUUCAAAAAGCUAGAUUGGAAAACCAGAACAGAAAAAGUAUUUCCUCCACAUAUGUUACAGGAAACUAAGCAGGAAUCCACACUCAAUGAAGAAGGCCUGGUAAGGCCUACCCAACAAGUUCAAACUACAACAACACUAGGAACAAGCUCUGCUCAGGUAACAAUUGAAAGACCAGAGCAGUUCCAGAAUCUGAAGGAAGGUGAAGCUUGUGUUUCAAAAGUGAGUAGCAACCUUCUACAUAAAUCUGAUCCAUGCAGUCCACUGUGGGAUGCUAGCAUAAAAACCAUUAGACAGAAGGCUCUAAACAUGGCAACUGCCACAAAGUAUGCUACCCCACCAACACUGCUACAUGAAUACACGGACAUAACUGAAUAUCCUCCACUGGGCACCCAUGAGGAGGAACACAGAUACCUGCACAAAGGACCUUCAG